AAAUGGCAGUUUUCAGAAGUUAUCUUUCAUUCACGUUGUUUUCGCUUUUAUUGCGAUUGUUAAUACUUCGUUUAUGUUGAUGACGAAACCCUAUUUCUCUACCAAGAUUACUCUUUAUCAAAUCGAAAGUGUUGCGCGUCUCGGUCUGCUCGGUUACAUCUGCGAUCGCGUUCAGUUUGAGGCAUUGGCUUGUCUGAAAACUUUGGCAAACAUCAGGGGUGAUCACGUGACAGGAUAUUCUCUGCUUCACCAACAGCAGCACGUCAUGUUCGGCGGGCAGAUAUUACAAACGGUGCCGACAUUUGACGUUUACGGUCUGUUCCAUCUCAGUCGUCAAUUGUUACCACAUUUAGUUGGAACGACAAUUACAUACUCGGUGAUAUUGUACCAGUUCAAAGGCCCUUGAACGUGACAGGACAUCCGUGAAUGUUUCCCUUUAACUGAUGUCAUUUUCUU